AUGGCUGUCGGCGGAAAGAAAUCGACGAAAAAGUUCAACACGAAACAUCUCAAGGAGACUCUUGAACGCCGAAAGGAAUUUGCCAAGAUCAAGCAACGCCAUGUCCUGAAAGACAAGCGCAAGGAAAAGAGCGCCAGCCGCCGCGAAGCCGAAGAAGAAGCCAACGUUCCGGACCCCGAGCAGGUGAAGAAGCAAGAUGCCUUCGCUGAGAUGAAUGUGGAUGACUUCUUUGCGGGUGGAUUCGAUAUUGCCGACCCCAAGACCGACAAGAAGAAGUCCAAGAAGGACGUUACCCCCAAAAUUGGCAAGCGCAAGCGCUCAACAGACAAGGCGCAGGAUGAGGGGGCCUCCGGUUCCGAGGCUGGCUCUGCGGCCAGUGAUGACGAAGAUGCCGAUGGGUUUGACGAGCACAUGGAUCAGCUUGAGUCAUUAAAGGAGAAGGACCCCGAGUUUUACAAGUACUUGAAGGAGAACGAUGCAGAGCUACUUGAUUUUGGUAACCAAGGGGAUAUGGACGAGAUCGACGAACUGAGCGAGAGCGAGGCCGCCGAGGAGGAGGGUCCAGCGAAGAAGAAGAAGAAGUCUAAGAAGCAAGAUGAUGCCGAGCAGGAAGAGAAGACCGUUGACAACACCUUGACCAUUCCUAUGGUGAAGAAGUGGCAGAAAUUAAUGGAGGAGCAAAACUCGGUCCGCGCCAUGCGCCAGACCGUUCUAGCAUUCCGCGCCGCAGCGACUGUCAACGAUCCCGAGGCUGGCGAGCAGAGAUACACCAUCUCCGACCCCAAUGUCUACCACCAGGUGCUUGUGACGGCACUGAAUGUCGUUCCUAAGACCCUUGCCCACCAUCUCCCCGUCAAGGAGACCGCUGGUGGCAAGGUCAGGGUUUCCCUCGAUUCGAAGAAGUUCAAGACCCUUACGCCUCUGAUCAAAUCCUACACUUCCUCCGUUCACCAGCUUCUGAUGAAUCUGACAGAUGCUCAAACUCUUAAGAUGACCAUCUCUUCCAUGGAGCCCAUGCUCCCCUACCUUCUCCAGUUCCGUAAGGUCCUGAAGACUCUUAUCAAGACUAUCGUCGGUAUUUGGGCCGAUGUUUCUACUGCCGAUGCUACCCGUAUCACUGCAUUCCUCUUGCUGCGCCGUCUUAUGGUUAUGGGUGACGCCGGUAUCAAGGAGACCGUGCUCAAGACCACCUACGAGGGUGUGGUCAAGGGAAGCCGCAACACCACUGUUCACACUCUUGCUGGCGUGAACCUGAUGAAGAACUCGGCCGCCGAGAUCUGGGGUAUUGACCAGAACAUUUCAUACACCACUGGUUUCACCUUCAUUCGUCAAUUGGCCAUGCACCUUCGCAACAGCACCCGUCACACCUCCAAGGAGUCUUACAAAACCAUUUACAACUGGCAAUAUGUGCACUCACUCGACUUCUGGUCCCGUGUGCUCUCACAACACUGCGAUGGGCUCGUCGAGGCCCAGGCUGGCAAGCCGUCGGCUCUGCGGCCGCUUAUUUACCCCGUUGUUCAGAUCACCUUGGGUGCUAUGCGCCUGAUCCCGACUGCGCAGUACUUCCCCCUCCGCUUCCAGAUGGCCCGCGCGCUGCUCCGUAUUUCCCGCGCCACAGGAACUUACAUCCCGCUCGCCUCUGCCCUGCUCGAGGUGCUUACCUCAGCCGAGAUGCGCAAGUCCCCAAGAUCCAGCACUCUUAAGCCUCUCGACUUCAACACUGCCAUCCGUGCUCCCAAAUCCUACCUUCGAUCCCGUAUCUACCAGGAUGGUGUCGGUGAGCAGGUUGCUGAGCUCCUGUCCGAGUUCUUCGUUCUCUGGUCCAAGCACAUUGCCUUCCCCGAACUUUCCGUCCCGGUCGUUGUCUCCCUUAAGCGCUGGCUGAAGCAGGUCUCUGCCCGCAAUGGCGGCAACAAGAACGCCAAGGUCAACCAGAUGAUUCUUCUGCUCGUCCAGAAGGUCGAGGCUAAUGCCCGCUGGAUCGAAGACCGUCGCUUGAACGUCUCUUUCACCCCUCGCAACCGCACUGAGGUCGAGAACUUCCUCAAGGAUGUUGACUGGGAGACCACACCCCUGGGUGCUUUCGUGAAGACCCAGCGCAAGCUGAGAGAAGAGCGUGCCGCUAUUCUCGAGGAGGGUCGUAUCGAAGAGGAGAAGCGUCGCGCCGAAGCUAAGAAUUCAGGCGACGGUGAUGACUUCAUGGGUGAUGCUGGCAGUGAUGAGGGCAGUGAAGACGAGGAUGAGGAGGAGAUGGAGAGUGAGGACGAGAUUGAAGAGGAGGAAGAGGAUGAAGAUGAAGACGAAAUUGAGCUUGAGGAGGAGUAG